AUGAUGCGCUUCGUGCCAUCCACGAGGCCCUCGGGCUUCCUCUCUCCCCUGAGACGGCGGCCCGCCUCUCCAGGCGGCGGCUGCAACGAUUGCACGGUAGAAACGACGGGCCACGGGAGCUACCUGGUCUCCAAGGUGCCGGUGCAGGUGACGGCCGAGGUCGCGGCUAACGUGUCGCGGGCGCUCGCCUCGGCUUUUGUCAUCGACCUGGCCGUGCCGUUCUCGCUUUUCAACAAAGAGGCCGCCUACCUGCUCCAGUCAGGGACGAACAGCACGAGCCUGGGGGUGGAUGGGAAGCGGGGGAGCACCUGGCUGUGGGACCAGGGGCUGACGGGGGAGGGCGAGGUGGUGGGGUUGGCCGACACGGGCUUGGACGUUGCCAGCUGUUUUUUCCACGACUCGGAGCACCCCAUCACCUUCGAACCGGUCUACGACCCGGACACAGGCGCUGUCGUGCCCACUUACCAGAGCGCGGAGCAUCGGAAGGUCCGGGAGUACUUCGCCUACGCCGAUGGAGGGGAAGGGGUUCCCUCCGGCCACGGGACGCACGUGGCAGGGUCCGCGGUAGGAUACCCGGCGGAGAUGGCUCCGACCAGCAAAGGCUUCAAAUUCCGGGGGGCGGCAUGGGCAGCUAAACUCGCCUUCUUUGACAUCGGUCUUCCCCACGACACCUUUCUCUACCUCCCCCCCGACCUCGCCACCGGCCUGUUCCCCCGCACCUACAACCUGGGCGGGCGCAUCCACUGCAACUCCUGGGGGUCCAGCAUCUCCGACAACAGCGCGGAGAUGCGACAGACGGACGCUUACUUGUGGGAGCACCAAGACUUCCUCAUCCUCUACGCCUCUGGGAACGGUGGUUCCCGGGCGGGGACGAUUGGGACGCCUGCUUUGAGCAAGAAUUCGGUGGCUGUGGGCGCCACCACCAACAAUGUGGACCGGCCAGACGUGGCCUUCUUCUCCUCGCGAGGACCCACCUUUGACAUGCGCUUCGGGAUCGAUGUCUGUGCUCCUGGGUACUACGUGGCCAGCGCCUAUUCCCAGGCGGACAGCCCUCCGAACCAGUGUUACAUUCAGGGGGUGGCGGGCACCAGCAUGGCCACUCCCCACGUGGCUGGGACCGCGGCCCUCUUGCGCGGGUACUUUGUGCGGGGCUUCUACCCUUUGGGCUGGCCAAGCGCUGCCCACGCCUUUGUGCCCAUGGGCGCCCUCUUGAAGGCCAUGCUGAUCAAUUCCGCCCUGCCCAUGACCGGUCCGGAGGCAACCAAGCACAACACGCGAUUCAUCCAAUACCCCAACUACGAUCAGGGCUACGGGUUGGUGGCUGCCAAGUUCGUCACCUACUUCCAGGGGAGCGAGAACCCCAACGUCCUCUUCGUGGACGGGGCUUGGGAGGGAGAUGCAGAGGGGAAAGGCUGUGUCUCCUGCCCGCAGCUCAGCCAGGGCCAGUCUGCGCGUUACGAGGUCGUUCCCACCUCGACUGCCACCCUCAAGGUGACCCUGGCAUGCCGCCGUGACCGUUUCCAGUCGGACUUUGAUUAA